GUGACGAGAUUACGAAGGAACUUUGGACGAUCGAGCGAUAAAAAGAGUGGUGGAGGAGCCGAUCGCGUGCUCGGGCGGAGCCGCGCAAUAUCCGGAAACCGGGGAACUGGAAGGAACGAAAGCGCGAGUGGCGGGAUCGUCUCGAGGCGUCUUUUUCUCGAUCGCGCUCGUUGGUGAGAAACGGAAAGUGGUGGAAAGUGGAAAGUGAAAAUACCAGGGGAUCGCUCGAUUAUCGAAUAAUACGGCGUCGUUGAUCGAUGCUGAGAGGGAGGCAUCCGUGGUGACGUGGUGCGCUCGGAGCUGAAAGAGGAUCGAACGUUGUUCCCGCGACUUAUCCCUCUCCGAUUUAUACUGGAGCUGUACUUGCCGUACGCACCACUGCCGGGGGGUGGCGGGAUCCUCCCGGCGGUGAGCAGCGGGCCUGGUUCAGGAGGGUGUCGUCCCGUGCUAUUGGGUGGCGUCGAUCUGUCCAUGUCGGCGGCGGUGCAACCGGUCGCCACGCUGCCCACGCUGCCGAGUUCCGGUCCGCCGCCGCACAAUCCUCUCCACCACACGGCCGGGGGACUGGCGCUGCCGGUCAUGAUGCCGCGGCCACCGACCACCGCUAUGCCACCCUUGGGCCCCUCGUUGCCGCCCUCGCACCAGGACGCCGCCGAUUUGGCCGAGGCUGCCCCCAACCAGGACGUCCUCCUGGCACUCCUCGCCAGGAACAAGAACUUGGAAGAACGGAAGAUCGAAACACCAAGCUGUUUUCCGAUCAAGGAAGAACCUUCGAUACCAAAAUGCGGAGGCUGUCAAGAAGCGAUUUUAGACAAAUAUGUUCUGAGGGUUCUCGAGAGGUGUUGGCAUGCGAGGUGUCUCACGUGCAGGGAUUGCGGCGCAAGAUUGACCGAUAAAUGUUUUGCAAGGAACGGUCACGUUUUCUGCAAGGAUGACUUCUUCAAGUAUGGCAGGCGUUUUGGGACGAAAUGCGCGGGCUGCGGCCAAGGAUUGGCACCGUCUCAAGUCGUGCGUAGGGCGCAAGAGUUGAUCUAUCAUCUAACUUGCUUCUCAUGCGCCCUUUGCUCUCGACAGUUGGACACCGGAGACGAGUUCUAUCUGAUGGAGGAUAGAAAGCUCGUUUGUAAACCUGACUACGAGCAGGCCAAGGCAAAAGAAUUGGCAGACGGAGGAAGCAUAGAUGGCGAUCAACCGAAUAAAAGGCCAAGGACAACGAUCACGGCGAAACAGUUGGAGACCUUGAAAUUAGCGUACAAUACCAGCCCUAAACCAGCGAGACAUGUGCGAGAACAACUUUCUCAGGACACAGGGCUAGACAUGCGCGUCGUUCAAGUCUGGUUUCAAAAUAGGAGAGCAAAAGAGAAGAGACUGAAAAAGGAUGCCGGUAGAACAAGAUGGUCUCAAUAUUUUCGAAGUAUGAAAGGAACAGGGGCUGGUGGACAUUCACCUAGGCACGAUAAGCUUCUUGAAAAGGAUGAACUCAAGGUCGAUUUAGAUUCCACUUUUGGUCACCAUGAUUUGAGUAACGACAGUUACGGGACAGUGGUGAACAUGGGAUUAGAUGGCGAAGGUGCGAGUCCAGGUGGGGGCGGAAAUGGGGCAGGAGGGGGCCCUCCACGUGGUUAUUUAGGCGCAACGACCCCCCCUUAUCUCUCAACGUCCAGAUCACCGUCCUUACCACCUCAAUUUCCGUAUCCACCGGAUGCUGGCCUCUCGGUCUACACCACUCUUGGAGGCGCGGGUGGGAUGGUACCAGGGCCGGCGUCGGAUUUGAGCAACGAAUCGAGCGGAGGCGGUGGAGGCGGCGGAGGUGGCGGUGGAGGUGGUUACCCGGACUUUCCACCCUCGCCCGAUUCAUGGCUCGGCGAACCACCACCUCCACACGCUCACCACCAUUCCCACUACGCCACAUAACCCGGCAAACUGACGCGUUGCCAAGCACCGUUCGUAAGAACGGAUCGACGCAAGGCGUUCACUUGACGGCCCUUUUCCACGAGGCAAGGCUUAUCCCGAAAACUUCGAGCCUUCCACUUCGGAUCAACCUGUCCACUUUCGUCGAUCCAGCACGAGUUAGAUUCUCGAGCCUCGACCUCGGGAGGAUCUCGAUGUUUCUCGGUGUAUCGCCAAGUAGAUCCAUCUAGAGGUGGAACUCGAUCAAGACUGACCGAUCGAGAACCGUCUCGAACAAAGAAGUCAUUCCACACCGUAUUCUGCACCGUCCCGGCGGGUUUCCCAUCAUCGGAAUGAUGCCAUGUGUCGCUAUCGUAUAACGUUACUUUACAGCGCAAAUACGAUAGCGCUAAUUCGAUAGGUACGAUUAAUCUAAAUAUAUUUAUGUACAAGUUCCUCGUUUCCCGGUACUACUGGAGUUUAAUCGUCGAAUAAAGAAAAACUAGAAGGUAGGUUAGACGUGUCGCGAUACCGAACGUUUGCUCGAAUCGAUGCGAUUCGCAAGAUUACGGUUGUUCGUAAUUCAAAUUGUUUCUUCGGUUAAUUCGUUGAUCAACGAGAUUGAGAUUCGUCGAUCAAAUCAAAUAUAUAUGUAUAUAUAUAUUUGAUCGUUCAAAAUCAUAUAUAUAUAUAUGUAUAUAUAUUUCUGAUUCAACAGUAUUCCAUGAAAGAUCGAUAUUUGUUUUACGAAAUAUUUUCUUUUCUGAACGAGAUAGAAUCUGUAUACAAACCGUAUAUUUCGCGAAAGGCAUCGUUUCACCGAAAGACAUCAUCAAGACGGAACACGUUUCUAUGGUAUAUCGCGCUUACGUGAUGCUAGAAGUUUCAGGUGUCAUUUAUUGUAAAUAGUUCAGAUUAGAUUUUAUCGUAUUAUAAUAAGAGAGCAAGGAAUAUAGAAGAGGAAUGGAAAAAAGCAGGGGAAAAAAAGGAAAGGAUUGGCGUACAGCGAUCUCUACAGGAGCGACGCCGUCCGCGAAUAAAAUUCAAAAUAAAAGUUAACCCUGAAGCACUAAUGAAUUUAUCGCAUCAACACUCGAUAGAUCGAUUUUCUCAUAAGUAAAAGAUUAACGAAGUUGUUCCAUAUUUUUUAUUAGCUGUAACGUAACAUCGAAUCGCAAAAGUUGGGUUAAAGAAACGUGGAAUGAAAGGUGAAUUUUGAUUGGUCACGAUUUACAUUUUCCCAUAAUUGAAUAUUGAAUGUUGCACCUUGUAUAUAUAUGAAUUUAGUGCUACAGAGUUGGCUAGCUUCGCGACCAAUCAGAAUCAUUCUACUUUGCCGCGAAUAGCUCAGUCGACUUUAAGAAGCGGACGAGUGAAGAUGCGAUGCGAGAACGAUCCGCGUAAAAUCGAAUAUCGUCGUUUCUAUUUCCGAAUAUUUUACAAAAAGUCGAUUCACGAAGCGUGAUUUUCAAUCGUAAGUGACAUCCAGAUGUGAAUCAUUAAUUGUGUCGUAAUUUAUUGCGAAAAGAUUACUUCCGAUCGGUGACUAGUGGAACUUCGAAAUGUGAGAAAAUGUUUCUCCACGUUGGAACAACGGUCGGUGUAUCGUACAGUAAAAAACAAUCAUGUAGUUUACAAUCAUCGAGUGUAUCGAAGAUAUUUUGUAGCUCGUCAACGUCACGUAUGUCAACAUCCACAAUUGUCGCUCGAAAGUAAGUCCUUUUUUCGCGACUUAUUAGAUGAUCGCUAUUCGAUUCCGCCAACGUAAACGAAAUCGUCAAACAAACAUGGCGCCAUUGGAUGGAUGGUGUACCGAAUCAAAGUUUACUUUGCGUGUUUGUUUAUCGUCGGUGAAACCGAGCGUCAGUAGAUUACACCUUUGACGUGUUCUGCGUCACUUUUUAUCGAUUCACAGCAUUGGAAAGGCACUGUCGCGAGACAUUUCGAUCAAUCGAUUCCAUUUGAACGAACGUUCAUUUAUGCGAUUAACACUUUUACAGAUAGGGUUGUAAAUUUAUUUAAAACAAUUUUAUCGAUCUAUAAAAAAUGGAUUGAUAACGUUUUUUUUUUUUUUUUUCUUAAUAAACGAAAUACGUAAUAUAUGUACGAAAGAUUUGACGAACGAUUUGACGAACGAUAUACUAUUGAUUACUAUUCCUCGUUUAUUACGAACGAUAUCAUUACUUCUCUGUCUGUAUAGCGUUAAUAAUUUUAAAUAAUCAAAGUCAUAACGAUGUCAAUUGUACCCUCGUCUCAAUGCAUAUACGCGAUUAUGUACAAAUUGUUAUAUGUACAUAUGUACGUGAAUAUAAAUAUUCGAGAAAAUAUGCCUAGAUUUAUAGAUAAUCGAUAAUCAAAAGUAACAGAUUCAAUUGAUCGAUUAUGGUCUCCGACUGAUGGCUAAUUUCAUUCGCAUGUAUAGUAAUAUGAGGCAUAACGUUUGUUGUUUUUUGUAACGAAGAAGAAAAAAUUUUAACUCGUGUUUGUUCAAAAUUUACAACAUCGUGUCUUGUUGUAUAAAAAGAUUCAUAAAUUUUUAAAUUUAUUUCUUGAAAAUUCUCCGUGCCUCGUAUUAUUUGAGGAAUAUAGGUACUUGAAACAUAGCACGUAUCAUCUGACAAAGACCGGUAAAAAAUAAUAUAUCAUUGUAGAAUUGUAUAUACGUCGUCCCUGUUUAUUUUACCCGCGAAAAUUCAAUGAAUUGAAAUUGGAAAUUGAGUAAAAAAAAAAAAAAAAAAAGUAUGAUAUAUUUCGACGGGUAAGAGAACUGAAUGUUGUACAGUUACGAAAACCGAACACACGCUCCUCCUCACCGAGUUUCGCAAAGAUGAGAAAAAGAUUCGCAAUGACUAGCGCAGUUCAUAACUUCAUCGACACGAGUUACUACGGAUCUUUAUAUUAUUAUCUAGUCAUCGAGUGAUAAUAAAAAUUCUAUCGUAAUCUACAUUGUGCUGUAUAUUGUUUCGAAUUUUUCAUUUUUAUC